AUGUAUAAAGAACCAUCAUCAGAGCCUAUAGCUAUUGUAGGAAGCAGCUGUCGCUUCGCCGGAGAAGCAGUCUCUCCGUCCGCGCUAUGGCAGGUUCUUGCCAAUCCUCCUGAUCUCUCAAAACAAGUACCACCGAAUAGGUUUAACGCACACGCAUUCUACCACGAGGAUGGAGAGAACCAUGGCACAACGAAUUCAAUCAAGGCUUAUUGGCUCGAGCAGGACCACCGAGUCUUUGAUGCCAGCUUCUUCAACAUUACGCCCAAAGAGGCGGAGGCCAUUGAUCCCCAACAACGACUCCUACUUGAAGUAGUAUAUGAGGCAAUGGAGUCUGCUGGAUACACCUUACACCAAUACUCUGGAAAAGAUGUGGGAGUUUUUGCAGGCGUUAUGACCGCCGAUUACGAUACGCUGUCCCAGAGAGACGAACUUUCGGCCAGUCAGUACUAUGCAACCGGAAACGCACGAUCGAUUAUAUCGAACCGAGUGUCUUACUUUUUCAACUUUCGUGGACCUUCGAUGACCAUUGACACUGCAUGUAGUUCCUCCUUGGUCGCACUCCAUCAGGCUGUGCUCAGUCUGCGAUCAGGCGAAAUAACUUUGGCAUGUGUCGCCGGUGUCAAUCUUAUGAUUACCCCUGAACAAUUUAUCGUGGAAUCAAGCCUCCAUAUGCUGAGUCCCUCUGGAAAGAGCAGGAUGUGGGACCAGAGUGCCGACGGAUACGCACGGGGCGAAGGAGUUGCCGCGCUUUUCUUGAAACCUCUUUCCCUGGCCUUACAUGAUGGUGACGAGAUCCUUGGUCUCGUCCGGCAGACUGGGGUAAACUCGGAUGGCAGAACGCCUGGCAUCACAAUGCCCAACCCCGAUGCACAAGCAUCGCUCAUCAAAAGCACUUACCGUACAUCAGGAUUAGAUCCUCAAUUACCCGAGGAUCGAUGUCAAUACUUUGAGGCUCAUGGCACUGGAACACAAGCGGGUGACCCUAGGGAGGCACAGGCGAUCCAGGAGGCCUUCUUCGGGGAACACAGCACGAACAAGCACCACACAAAGCUCCUGGUUGGAUCAGUCAAGACAGUCAUUGGCCACACUGAAGGAGCCGCUGGAUUGGCCGGCGUUCUCAAGGUUUUGCAAGGUAUGAAACAUAACAAAGUGCCGCCAAAUCUCCAUUUAGAGACUCUAAACUCAUCUGUUCGACCAUUUUAUGCGGAGUUGGAGAUCCCUACAGUUCUUACGCCUUGGCCCAAACCACUUGAAGACCAACCGAAGAGAGCCAGUGUGAACUCAUUCGGAUUCGGUGGGACAAAUUCUCAUGCAAUCAUUGAAGCUUAUGAUGCAAGGAUUCACGACACCGUUGCCAGGAGAUUCACAGCCUUUACUAGGAGGCGAACUCUCCACGAUUUAGAUCUUGACCACGAACUUUCCUUGGGUAUGUCGCCGACUACACUUCCGCUAUUGAUAUCGGCAUCAUCACACAAGUCCCUACGAGCCGUCGUCAGUACUUGGAAAGACUACCUCGUACACAACCGUGAUACCUCAAUCCAACAGCUCGCCUGGAAUUUAUUCCGGUACCGCACUGCCCUUCCUUACCGACUUUCCAUCUCGUCAUCUUCUGUCGACCAGGCGAUCGAGCAGCUGGAGUUCAUGAUCAGCCAGGGUUCAGAUAAUGCCGAGUUGGGGACCAGGUCUCAUGCCGCCAAGCGGCCACACAUACUGGGCAUCUUUACCGGCCAAGGUGCUCAGUGGCCGGCCAUGUCACGCUUGCUUCUACUAUCGAACGGAAGAUAUCGUCAGACUAUCCAGGAGCUGGACCAGGUCCUGCAACAGUGUCCAGAUCCUCCGUCUUGGAGCCUUGAGCAGCAGAUUAUGGCGGAGUCAAGCCAAUCUCGGCUCCAGGAAGCUGCAGUGGCACAACCGCUCUCAACAGCACUCCAAAUUGGCCUAGUAGACCUACUCAAGAGUCUUGGCAUUAGAUUCCAGGCAGUUAUCGGCCACUCUUCCGGUGAGAUUGCAGCCGCAUACGCUGCAGAGAGGCUGUCGGCUAGGGAUGCUAUGCUGAUCUCGUACUAUCGAGGACUAUACGCGCACCUUGCGGGUGGGCCAAAUGGAGAGAAAGGUGCCAUGAUAGCCGCUGGCAUGUCGGAAAGUGAGGCCUUGGUUUUCUGCCGCGACCCGUUAUUCGAAGGCAAGAUCUGUGUAGCGGCCAGCAACGCCCCUUCAAGUGUUACUCUCUCGGGAAAUAUGGAGACAAUCAAUCUGGCAAGGGAUAAAUUGACCGCACAGGACCGCUUUGCCCGCCUACUGUUGGUGGACACGGCAUACCAUUCACCUCAUAUGUCGCGGUCUGCACUCGCAUAUACUAAGGCACUGAAAAAAUGUAACAUUUCACCUAUGGUUGGAACUGCUCAAAUACACUGGAUAUCAAGUGUAAAUGGCUACAAGGAAGACACUGAACGUGACAUUGAAUCUGCUUACUGGUCAGACAAUAUGGUUCGUUCCGUCCAAUUCUUUGAUGCAGUCAAGGUGGCCCUUAAGACAUUCGGUCCGUUCGACUGUGCGGUUGAAGUUGGGCCCCACCCGGCUCUCAAAGGACCAGUCGCUCAGAUUUCUAAGGCCAUGAUCGGAGCUCCAAUCUCUCAUUACGGAUUGCUGGAACGAGCAAAAGACGACAGCCUUGCUUUCUCGGAGUUUUUGGGGCAGAUCUGGUGCCAAUAUGGUCAUGCAGCUAUAGAUAUCAAGCAGUACGUGAGGCAAUCAUCUGAUCCCUCUCUUGUGGAUACUCGGCUCCACGAUAUGCCAUUCUACCACUGGGACCAUUCGCAGACUCACUAUAGAGAAUCGCGCAUCUCUCGCCAGUUCCAUUUCAAGACCGCCGCUCCUCACGAACUCCUCGGGGCAAGGACACGUGACGAUAACGAGUAUGAACUACGAUGGCGGAACAUCUUGCGACCGGAAAAAUUGCCAUGGCUUGAAGGCCACAGCUUCCAAGGGCAAGCUUUGGUACCUGCUUCUGCGUACUGUGUUAUGGCCCUGGAUGCCGCCAUUCAGUUUUUGGAUGGCCGAGCGGCUUCAAUCAUCGAAAUUCAAGACCUGGAUAUCAUGAGUGGCAUCAGCAUGGAGCCUGAUUCUUUCGGCACCGAAGUGCUUUUUUCCUUAAGUGUCCUAGAUCAAACUAAAGAGAAAGCGGCACAUAGAGUAAUCAUGGCUUCGUUUAGCCUGACCUCAUGCACAGCGGAUGGCCAAUCUCCCAUGAGGAAGAAUGCGUCGGGGAGGCUUUCGAUCAUACUUGACAAGUCCACUCCAGAUGCACUACCCUCUAGACAAGCAUCUCUUGCUGAAACACUUUCCGCCAGUACUGAGGGUUUCUACAACAUGAUGGAUGAAACCGGCUUAGUCUAUACUGGUCCGUUCAGAGCGCUCCAAUCGAUCCAGCGGCGUUGUAACUUUGCAUCAACGACGUUGAGAAGAAGGCAUCCUGAAGACACCACCCAGCUUUCUGUCAGCCCCGCUACACUGGACAGCUGUCUUCAGUCGGCUUUCUUGACCUGGUCUUCUCCUGGUGACAAGUCGCUCUGGACAUCUUUCCUGCCCAGCCACAUUUCACGGAUUCAGUUCAACGUCGCUCAUUGCUCCAAGCGCGCAGUGCCCGAUGAGCAGGGCACGCUACGAGUGGAUAGCCACCUGACCAAUGUGCGCGGUAGUGGUCCUGACUCAAAGGCCAUGUUCACGGUGGACAUCUGUAUAUAUAACGAGAAAAAUGAAAUGGAGAUCGAGAUCGAAGGUCUCACGGUCGCAGCUAUUGCCCAUACUCGACCUGAAGACGACCAUGAGCUGUAUCUACACACCGUAAUGGAUGUCGACCCAACAGACGAAAUUGUCUCGCCAGAUUUGAUGGACACUGAGAGACAUCUACCAGAACUGGUGGAAACAUGCGAGAGGAUCAAGUCUUUCUACACAGACUCCAGGAUCGCAUUUCCAAAUGACACGUCUGAGUUCAUUGACCACCUCGUGGGAAAUUCACCGUUUCGUGAGUCGCUCAAGUUGUUGCAAGACAUGGGCCACCUUCUGCCGGCGCUUCUUCCAUGUAUCCUACCAGGUAUCAUCAAAGAAGUUAGGGAGCAACUACAACUCGGCCGGCAUAUUCAAAGAGUUACCGAGCAGAUAGCCCACAAAUAUCCAAGAAUGUCCGUAUUGACCAUGAUGGACUCAAAGACGAAUGUCACAGACCGUGUACUCCAGGGCCUCGGUAACUCAUUCAUGUACCUUACUAUGGCCACCGUCGGGACUGAUGGCGAACCUCGCGAUAAUGUGCGCUCAGAAAUUAACGGCAAGGUUCACUACAGACACCUCCAGCUAGAUCAGGACAUUGUAAGCCAGCUCGACUCAGCGGGCCGUGCAGAUCUUGUUGUUGUCGCCUCGUCAAUAUUCCAGGCUGCGGAUCCCAACGUCGUGCUGAAGAACAUCAGGACUUGCAUGAACGAUGGAGGUUUUCUGAUGUUCGUUCAUGCAACUGAGAGCCGCAUGAAGAAAGCUUUGGAUCUUGUGCUCCGGCCAUCGCAGACAGAGCAAAACCAGUUCCACCCAGAAGCCGAGCAGAAGCUAAUGGAAUCAUGUGGGUUUGUAGAUUUCGUACGAAACGCAGACCAGAGUUUUGGACAAGGAUUCUCCAUCAGCGUACGCCAAGCGGGUGCUCCAUUUGUCAAUGCUAUUGCAAAGCCGCUUGCCUGGCCAGCAACACAUGCAAAAGAGAACGUCCUCAUCAUCGGGACUAAAGGUGACAGAAGCUCUCAGCUUGCUCUUAGUUUGCAGCGCCGCUUGUCAGCGCUUUAUGUUGCAGUCGAGCUGGUGGCGUCUAUCGAAAACAUUCAUCUGGAAACACUGCCAAAAUACAGCUCGGCAAUUGUUCUUGAAGACUUGGAGUUCCCAGUCGUGUCAAGUAUGACCGAGAGGAAGCUCUCUAACCUCAAAGAGCUGUUCCGUCCCGACAUGACGAUCCUGUGGCUGACCCAUAACGCACGAUUCGACAAUCCAGAGCACGCCGCCACGCUCGGAUUCAAGCGCACGGUGUCUGCUGAAGUCCCCAACUUCAACUUGCAGGUCUUAGACCUGGAUGAUCUCGAGAGCCCGGACUCGCUUGUCGUAGAGACCCAUAUACGGCUCACGGCAGCAGGACCACCAGCCAAUGAAAGCCUGUGGGUCCGUGAGCCCGAGAUAUACAUGGAUAAUGGCAGACGACUGGUGAAUCGAGUGUUGCCACUAAAAGACCUGAACGAAAGAGCCAACGCCCUGCGCCGCGUUGUAACAAAGCCCGUCAAUACCAUCAACCAGAACACACAGCUCGUCUCGUUUAAACAUGAAGAUGGUGGUGUAGUGCGCAGAGUUGUAGCCUCUGAUUGGGCUCCGCACCCGACGGCCAUUGCUGGUACAAGAUCGCUACGUAUAUUUCAGAGUACAUUGGAAGCCGUGAAGCUGGGACAUGGCUGCUUCGCUCACGUGUGCCUGGGAGAGGAUCUGCUGACGGGCGAAAAGAAGGUGGCCCUGUCUACUAUGAACGCUUCCUAUGUCGAGGUUUCCUCUCCGUUGGCUCGGAGACUGCCCAACACCGGCUUGACCGGGCCACAGUUCAUCCACUCUCUCACACAGUAUCUCGUUGUUCUGUCAGCAUUAAGACAGGAAUCAGGUAUUAAAAAGGAUCAUGUGGUAUUUAUCGAUGCAGAACCACUCCUUGUCGAAUGCGCUAAAAUCGUGGCGAAGAGCGAAAGGGUGCAGUUCAGCGAUUGGACUACUGAUUUGUUCAAGCGCGCAGGCACCCUUGAGUGCAUUCAAAUCCAUUCCAGGUCAUCUGAGAGACAAUUGAAGGCCUUGAUGCCUCCUAAUGGAGCGACGAUCUACGAUUUCUCGUUGGAUCGCGAUCUCCAUCGACGAGUGGCCAAGGUGCUCCCCAAAAACUGCAAAUACCACCGUGGCUCUUCGCUAUUGUCGUCGUACCGCAGUGACCAGACUACCAACUCAAGCCUGACCCCUGAAGCAAGCUCUACUCUUAGUCUCGGAUUAGAACUGGCAGCGCAAACAGCUGGCUCUUCAUUUCAGGCAUCAGCCGAAAUCAUCUCAAUUGACGAUGCAGUGACCGAUGCCCCCUCGCGCACACCAUUCACCAACAUCAUCGACUGGACCAUAUUGCGCCGCUCCUCUUCUGUCGUUCAGCCGCUCGUGUCACAACAGCUCUUCUCACCACACAAAACCUACAUCCUGAUCGGCCUAACCCGUGACUUCGGCCAGUCGCUCUCCCGUCUAUUCCUCUUACACGGCGCCCGCCAUAUCGUGCUGGCUAGCAGAAACCCGGACAUGUCGCCCGCCUGGGUUACCGAGCUGCGGCAAUCAUACGGUGCCCAAAUCGGCAUUGAGAGACUCAAUGUGACCGAUUUGCCCUCGGUUCACGCAUUCAGAUCGCUUCUCUCCACCUCUAUGCCGCCAGUAGGUGGAAUCAUCAACGGCGCCAUGGUGCUGGACGACCGAGUCUUCAGCCAGAUGACGGUCGAGACAUGGAAUCGGGUGCUACUUCCGAAGACGGUCGGGUCUAAGAACCUCGACGUGGUCUUUUCAGACCCCAAAUCCGAGCCUCUAGACUUCUUCAUCAUGACGUCCAGUUUCGCGGCCCUCGGAGGACACCCAGGCCAAUCCAACUACGCCGCGGCCAAUAUGUACAUGAACGGGUUGGCGGCAAACCGGCGCAAGCGUGGCCUGACGGGCUCCGUCCUCAACAUCGGCGUGAUCUACGGGCUCGGUUUACUGCAGCGAGAGAAGGAAGAGCUGUACGUCGGCCUGGAGAGGGAAGGGUACCCGCCGAUUUCUGAGCGGGACAUCCACCACAUGUUUCUCGAGGCCAUCGUUGCGGGCCGACCUUCCGGAGAGGAGCCCUUCGACAUAACGACGGGGCUCAGACGGUUCAGGUGGGGAAGUGAGAAUCCUCUGCACUGGCACCUGGAUCCGCGGUUCAGUCACUUUACUGUCGAUGAAGGCGACUCCGAGGCAGAGGCGGGAACCGGGGCCCAGAGAAGUUUGGCGGACGAGUUGUCUUCAAUCAAGGAUGUCGAGCUCAUGGCAGAUCGACUCGUUGCCUCCUUCUCUGGUCACCUGCAGGUCAUGCUACAGCUCUAUGAAGGCUCGGUUAACCGCCAUAGUAGUCUAUCUGAAAUCGGCAUUGAUUCGCUGGUCGCUGUGGAUAUACGCAACUGGAUCUGGAAGACACUCGGCCGAGAUGUGGCUGUCAUGAAGAUUUUAGGUGCAACCAGUAUACACAGAUAUAUACGCUGA